AUGUUGUGUUUAUUGUUUAGAUGGUUCAAUGAGAAAGCAGAUAGAAAUCGUGCCGAAGAACUAUUGAAUACAGUUCAACAAGAUGGGGCUUUUUUGCUGCGCUUUAGUUCUACUGAUAAAAACGUUUUUGUACUUUCUCUAAGAGUUGACGGCGAAAUAUGGCAUUAUCAUUUGAAACGGGAUGGUAGAAUUUUUGUUGUCAACCAAACAGUUUUCGAGAAUUUGAACCAAAUAGUUGAAUAUUAUUCAACCAGAGAAUUUGUCCGCGGGAUUUGUUUGAAAUAUCCCGUAGAUGAAAAUACUGUUACUGAUUCUACUGGUUCACGGUUUAGUAGCGACAGAGCACCUGGUUGUUAUAUGGAACUCAAGGACAUUGAUAAAGAGAUAUUGGUACGAGCUAUAGAACCAUACACUGGAUAUCUUCCCAGCGAGCUUACAUUCCCUGUAAAUGCAGUGAUAAGUGUGUUGAGGAAGGAAGGAGAUCGCUGGCGUGGCAAAUAUGGCAAUCAUUCUGGUUUUUUUCCUUCCCGAUGUGUUGUUGAACUGGAAACUUCUGAUAAUCAGCCGAAUGAAUUGUGUCUUUAUGCAGCUAUCGAUUUGGCUGAUUCUUUGAUUGAAGAAGUACCAUUUGAAGUUGCUGGUCGACCGUUUGCAUUUAAAAUCAGACGUGUUUCGGCGCACUGGAACCCAAGCGAAUACGUGUUGGCAGCCAAUUCAAAUGAAGAUCGUGAGGAUUGGUUAAAUAUUCUGCAUGAGUUGACUAGAACAGCUGCGGAUCGUAGUAUCUUAAUACGUACACGAGAAAAAAAUUUGCGAAUAGCUUCUGAAUUAUCUGAUUUGGUAGUUUACUGUCAGGCAGUCCCUUUCAAUUCACAGUUUGCAACACAAGGCAAUUUCUACGAGAUGUGCUCGUUCAGUGAAACAAAAUUCGAGAAACUGAUGGAGCGAGGUUUAGUUCAGUUUAAUUCUCGUCAGUUAUCACGCGUUUAUCCGCAAGGUUCACGUGUCACUUCAACAAACUAUGAUCCGGUACCAAUGUGGAAUGCUGCGUGCCAUAUGGUUGCACUAAACUAUCAAACUGGCGAUAGACCAAUGCAACUGAAUCAGGGCAAAUUUAUGGCGAAUGGUCAGUGUGGAUAUGUGCUGAAACCGUCUUAUAUGAUCGAUGAAAUGUUUUCUCCAGAUGCUGCCGAAAUAGUGUCUACCUCCUGUCCUAUUAUUCUAAUUGUUCAUGUGAUAGCAGGACAGCAUUUGUCGAGGAAAGAUAGAAAUCGGGGUAUAUGUUCUCCAGUUGUUACUGUAGAAGUUGUCGGUUUGCCGGCUGACUCCACUUCUACUCGAACAAGUGCUAUUGCUUCCAAUGGCUUGAAUCCGAUUUGGAAUGAAAAAUUUAGCUUCAAAGUCUACUGUCCAGAAAUAGCUUUACUUCGCUUCUAUGUUGAAGAUGGCGAUUUUAUGGGACCUAAAAUGGAUCCAUUUAUUGGGCAAGCCGUAUAUCCACUUGACUGCAUUCGCACUGGUUUUCGAUCUGUGAUACUUCGUAAUCAGUACGGCGAAGAAUUGGAAUUAUCAUCGUUACUUGUUUAUCUUGAUAUGCGCCGUCAAAGUAAUGAAGCAGAAGUUCUAAAUCCACAUGUUGCUUUGCAAGCUGGUCGAUGUCUUGCUGGUGGAUUGCAUAAAACGGUAACAUCGUCUAGUAUAUUUUCGGCGCGGUUGAAUUCAACUGACCAGAAUGAUUUUACACCACCAUUUUCAUCCAUUUUAUCUACAACGCAUGUCCCAGUUUCAGCGGAUUUAACAUCCUCAGAGUAA